AUGAAGAAGAUCAUCGGGACCAUGAUGAACUCCUCGGUCCUCGAUGUUAGCGACUUUUCUUCGUCUUCCGGUGGCUUCGAUGAUCCUGGUAUGGGGCACGUGACAGCAGAAAAGCAGCCCCGCAACGACGUUAUUCCGAGGGACAGCGCUAAGCCUAGUUUGGGCAUGUGGGCCGUCCCAACGGAAAUCCAGGCGGGCAAUGACCGUGACCCGCAACAUGAAUACACACAACACAAGCCGAUGAUGGAGAAGUCUGCAACAGCCGGCGAAAAACCUACCGACAUAUACAGCCCAAGCGCAAUCCCGGACCACGACACCGAAUUCCUCAACCCGGAUGACCUGCGCGCAUUCGAAAAGGCCCUCACCGACCAGGACGCAGACCCGCUCAUUGCCCUGAACGACUGGCGCCCCGUGUACCAGCGGGUCGUGCGAAGGGGACGCGGGCGGCGGAAACGGGCUGCGACUACACCGCGCCGGACGAAAGACGAGACGAGGGAGGGCGUGCUCUACACCGUUCUGAAGUGGCCGUUCCUGCUUAUUGUGCUCGGGUGGAUUACGUUUCUCGGCGUGGGGUAUGCGCUGACCAGGAUUUACAUCUUUCUCUAUGAGCAGUGGGUGACGUGGAGGGGGAAGAGGGAGAGUCUGCGCAGGGAGCUGUACAAGCAUGAGAAUUAUGGGGAUUGGCUGCAUGCGGCGCAGACGUUGGAUGAGUACCUAGGGAAUCAGCGAUGGAAGAAGAUUGAUGAAUAUGCGUACUAUGAUCACUUGACGAUACGGAAGCUGAGUCGGCAGCUCAGGACGGUCCGAACGCAAGUUGAGAAGGAGAUGCAGAGUGGCGAUUCUGGCUCCGCGGCGGUGGUUGAGGAGCUGUGCAACCUGCUCGAAGCUUGCGUCAAGGCCAACUUUGCUGGAGUCGAGAACCCUCGACUUUACAGUGAAGCAUACUCUGGGACCAAAGAUCUCGUUCAGGAGUACAUUGAUGAAGUGCAUGCGUGUAUCAAGGUUAUCGCAGAGUCUCGGCAGGCGAAGAAUGAGGACAAAUUCAACCAUUUCAAGCACCUAGAUACCAAUUUCGGCCGAACCGCACUGUGCUUGUCUGGAGGGGCGACGUUCGCCUACUACCAUUUUGGUGUUGUCCGAGCGCUCCUUGACAACGAGGUGCUCCCAAGUAUCAUCACCGGCACGUCAGGAGGAGCGCUUGUUGCGGCACUCGUCGGUACCAGGACAGACGAAGAACUCAAGCAGCUGCUGGUUCCCGCUCUGGCGCAUAAGAUCAAAGCGUGCUCUGAGAACUUUACGACAUGGGGGAGACGAUGGUGGCGUACAGGCGCUCGCUUUGAUACGAUGGACUGGGCUCGCCAGUGUAGCUGGUUCUGUAGGGGUUCCACAACAUUUCGAGAGGCCUACGAGCGCACUGGGCGUAUAUUAAAUGUGUCAUGCGUGCCAUCUGACCCCCAUUCGCCGACGAUCUUGGCUAACUACCUUACAUCGCCCAAUUGCGUCAUCUGGAGCGCGGUGCUUGCGUCUGCGGCAGUCCCUGGAAUCCUGAAUCCUGUGGUGCUAAUGACGAAGAAACGCGAUGGCACUCUCGCCCCGUACUCGUUCGGCCACAAAUGGAAGGAUGGAAGCUUGCGAACAGACAUUCCGAUCAAAGCAUUGAAUCUGCACUUUAACGUCAACUUCACCAUCGUCUCACAGGUAAACCCUCACAUCAACCUCUUCUUCUUCAGCUCUCGCGGAACCGUCGGCCGCCCAGUAACGCACCGCAAAGGCCGCGGCUGGCGCGGCGGCUUCCUUGGAUCCGCGAUAGAACAAUACAUCAAACUCGACCUGAACAAGUGGCUCAAGGUCCUCCGCCACCUCGAACUCCUUCCCCGACCAAUGGGUCAAGACUGGAGCGAGAUUUGGCUGCAGAAGUUCAGCGGCACGGUCACCAUCUGGCCGAAAACUGUUCCGUCAGACUUCUACCAUAUCCUCUCCGACCCCAACCCUGAACGUCUUGCCCGCAUGCUCCGCACGGGCCAGCAAAGCACCUUCCCCAAGAUCCAGUUUAUCAAGAACAGACUCAAGAUUGAAUACGCUAUCCUGGAGGGUCUCCAUAAUUUCUCAGGCGACGGCACAGGCGCUAGCGCUACGGCCCCUAAACGGCCCUUCCCGCUUGAAGACGGAGCUGGCGAUGAGAAAGAUGAUCCGAGAGAAGACCGCCUUAACAGAAACCUGCCCGAGCGGAGCUCCGGGUAUAGCUACGACUACGGCAAGGGGUUCUCUGAUUUCUCGGACGAUGCUAUUGCUUCUGUUGAGAAUAGCUCUGUAGAUGAGAAUUAUAUACCCAGACGACGUGGUGAUGCUACGGGUGGAGACAGGGCUCAAGCUGGCGCUGGAACUGGUGAGCGACGUGGGAGUUUCUCGAGCCUGUUCAACCUUGAGGAGAUGAGGAGGCAGUCGGCUGUUUUUUUUGAUGAUCCGGAGCUCUAUAGAGAAGGGGGUGAUAUCUAG